GUCAGUCUUUCACUCUUGUGCCGAACAUUUCAAUCAAGAAACCAAAAUGCAGCAGUCUCCUUGGCUCACAACUCUGUUCCUCAUUCUGGCCUUCAGCUCUAUGCUGGUCACAGUUUCCUCAUCUGCGUGCGGUAGUUGCAUGCAAAACAAUGUGGCCUGUUUGAACACCACUCAUUUCAAAGUUUGCGUUAAUGGUGUGCCCCUAAAGGAUGGCCCUCUUCCCUGUGGCAAUGACAAGAUCUGCACCGAGUUGCUUGUUCCAUGUUGGUCUCCUUCUGAAGGAGUUACUCCCGCCUGCCCAGAAAAUGAUGUUAACUGUAGAAGCUGCAAUGGAGUUGACAUGUUUGUCUGCACCAGUCGCACAACCUUCCAGGUGUGCAAUGGUUCCGAAAUGAGUCCUCAAGUCAACACUUGCCCGGACGACACCGUCUGUUCCAUCGAUUCCGGUAAAAUCUGCGUGAAAGAAUGCGAGUUGCCUGGCGGAAAAUAUGAGUGCGAUCCUGAGAUGGACAUUUUUUCCGAUUUAUAAUGUUUUUUUAAUGAAAGCUGAUGCUAAAUCAAAUAAAUAAGUAAU